AUGUUGUCAAAAGUCACAUCUAAGCUUCUGGGAGUUGCAAGGCAGCGACAGGUGUGGAACGUUGCAGCGUUUUCCACUGCAGCUCAAGAACUACCAUUCCACGAAAUGGUUGGUCUAUUUUAUGACAACGCUGCGAAACACGUGGAAAAGAAAUUGAUGGAGGAGCUGCCAUGGCAGGGUUCGUCAGACAGCAAAGGCAAAUACGUCAAGGGCGUUCUCGACAGCAUUCGAGCAGUCGACAAUGUCAUCGAACUAAAAUUCCCCAUCAAGCGCGAUGACGGCUCGUACGAAGUUAUUCAGGCGUGGCGUGCUCAACACAGCCACCACCGCUUGCCUUGCAAAGGUGGCAUUCGUUAUGCUGCAGACUGUGACAAGGGAGAGGUACUUGCUCUUGCCUCUCUGAUGACCUUCAAAUGCGCAGUGCUCAACGUGCCGUAUGGCGGUGCGAAGGGCGGUGUAAGAAUCAAUCCGAAGGAGUAUUCGGUGGAGGAGAUAGAGCGCAUCACGCGUCGAUUUGCACUGGAGCUUGCAAAGAAGGGCUUCAUUGGUGCCUUUAUUGAUGUGCCUGCUCCAGACAUGGGAACAGGUGAGAGGGAGAUGGCGUGGAUUGCGGACACAUACGCCCAGACCAUUGGUUACCAGGAUAUCAACGCGAAGGGCUGCGUGACAGGCAAGCCAAUAAACCAAGGUGGCAUCAAUGGUCGCACAGCUGCAACGGGACUGGGUCUGUUUUACAGUCUGGAGAACUUCAUAAACGACGAGAAGUGGGCCGGAAAGUGUGGUCUGACAAGCGGUGUUAAAGGCAAAACCUUCAUUGUUCAGGGAUUCGGCAACGUGGGAUCACACAGUGCUCGACUCCUGCAUGAUGCCGGAGCCAAGUGCAUUGGCGUGAUCGAACUAGACGGAAGCAUUUACAAUCCAGAUGGCAUUGAUCCGAUUGCAUUGGAGGAAUACAAGAAGGUGCAUGGUGGUGUUGCGGGAUUCCCAGGAGCUCAGGCGUACACAAAGGGCUGUUUGUUGUCGGAGAAAUGUGACAUUCUGAUACCGGCAGCAAAUGAACGUCAAAUCACAGUGGACAACGCUGGGAGUAUCCAGGCGAAGGUGAUUGUGGAGGGAGCGAAUGGUCCGACAACACCGCCAGCUGAUAAGAUACUGCAGAAGAAGAAUGUGUUGGUGAUUCCAGACCUAUUCGCAAACGCGGGUGGUGUAAGCGUGUCGUACUUUGAGUGGUUGAAGAAUCUGAACCACGUAAGCUUCGGCAAGCUGUACUUCAAGUACGAGAAAGACAAUCACAGCCACCUGCUGCAAAGCGUGAGCCAGUCGCUGGAAUCCCACCUUGGUAGGAAGGUGGACGUCAAGCCGACGGAUGAAUUCAAGUAUCGUUACGACCAUAUCUCUGAAGAAGACGUCGUUCGAUCUGGUUUGCACUACAGUGUAGAGCGGGCAGCCAAAGUACGUUUGCGACAACACGGAGAUAUAAUGAAGAAUUGCGAACGCUAUAGUCUUGGUUUGGACUUGCGUACGGCGGCCUACAUCAGUGCCAUCGAAAAGAUUUUCUACACGUACCACCGAUCUGGAAUCACGCCAAACUAG